CCCUGGGGGAGACAACAGAACAUGUGGCAGAGGCCCUGCGGGGAGCCCCCUGCCUGCCCCCACGAUGGCCGGGGAAACCUGGCCUCCCACACGGUGUGCUCUGUGCUGGGAAGGGAUCCCAGAACACGGACCAGAGCACGCCCUGGACAGAGGUUCGGUCCCCCGAAGGCCCUCGUUCCCCCUCCAUCCCUCAGGCAGAAGCUGGGGCCUGUGCCCCCUGGAAUCUUUUAGGGCAGAUGGUCUCCCUGAGGGAGGGCUGGGUGAGGGCCCCUAUGCCCCCCCAUUCUCCCGGCUGGCUGGGGGGGGGCCCAGGCCGUGACCCACCAGGCCUGCCCCGUGUCCCCCCCUGCCAGGAGUGGGGGCAACCUUUUGGGCCUUGCAGGCAUCCACAGCUGGGCUGGACCUGGCCCAGGACGUUGGGGACACGGGCUCUGACUCGGGCCUGCAGGCAGCCAGGAGUCCAGACUUACCGGAAUCCCAGGGUAGCCUGGCGGGCCGGGGGGGCCGGGCACACUGGAGCCGAAGAAUCCGCCACCCCCGGGCUCACCCCGUUCGCCCUUCUGCCCCGGGUCUCCUCUAUCACCCUUCUCCCCCUGUGGAUGGAAAUGCCGGUCUGAGACAGCCCGGCUCCCGCUGCUGACCUGGGAGGGGCAGGCCGACCCCCCGGAAGCCCCGAGUGGGCAGGGUGAGGCAGCCGGAAGCUUCUGGAGCCCAGGAGGUCCGGCACACCCUGCGGGACAGGACUUGUCUCCCCACCUUCUGAGCCCCCAAGGAACCCAGCCAGGGUGGGACAGGCGACGGGGACGCGGGUGACACCCACCUUCAUUUCAGCCUCCAGCUGGAGGAGGUCGAGCGGGAACUGCCCUGUAGGAGAGAUGGGGCGCCAAGGUGAGUGUCUCGGCAGCGCCAUGCCCCCCACCUACAGCUGCCUUCGUUGCCUUCUAGAACGUCUGUUUCUGGGGGGCCCCCUGCAGUUUUGUUACACUUUUGUUAAUGGCGGCCCCGGAAUGUUUUAGGGGUGCAGCAGCAGGACCGGACAGUAAGGCUGGUUCACACCCGUGGCCUCACUGGUGGGGACACAGGAAGACGUGUGUCACCUCGUGAUGGGAGUUCCAGGACGCGUCUGGCGGCUCGGACGGUUCCCCGUGACGCCCGCCUGCCUCUGGCGGCCACAGGGUCUGGUAAUUUUGGUGCCAUCCUCGCCGGGCAUGCUUAGUUGCGUGGUCCUGGCCCGUCGUUGGCUCCACCCCCGGAAGCGGCGAGGGCCCUUGCCAUCUGUCCCGUCCCAUCAGGGCGGGUCCUCCGACGGCCUCGCUCUGAAGGGGGUUUCCGCCGACGCACACAGGCCAUCUUUACGUCGUCCUGAGGCCUCUUCUCUGGCGUCGUCUUCCGUGCGGAGGAGUGAGGUCCUGUUGGUCGGUGGAGCGAAGGGCUCCUUCGGCCUCAGAAAACCCUUCGCCGUGCCGCCUCCAGGUGCUCUCCCGCCGGCGCCCCCGCCCCUGCCCCGGCCCGCGGCCUCCACGCAGGCCUCUCUCGCUCCCCUCCCGGUCUCGUCUGCCGAAACUCACGCGGCCUCCUCGGGUGCAGUGGCCGCGCCCCUCCAUCCCAGAACGGAACCGGGUUCUUUCCAGGGUCCCGGCUCCCUGCACUCACCCCCACCUUCCCUUUGCUGGAGCACUGUCGUGAUUCAAGCUCCCACCCUGGCUGGCUCUCCUGGGGGCCUGUCUCACCUCUGCUCUCCUGCCUGCAUUCCGGUCCGUUCUGGCCAUUUUGUUCACCUGCUCAGCCUAAAUCGUAGGCCCUUGGUGAGCUCACCUUCCUCAGGGAGCGGCUUCUGCCUCUAGCAGUCCUCAGGGAAAACCCUGGGUCUCAGCCCCGCCCGGCGGCCUGUCUCUGACCCCGCCCUUGCUCUGGGCUGCAGCCCCCCUCACUGGGGGGGCCCCGGUCGGCCACCCUUUAGUUGUCACUGCCUGGGGCUGGGCGCCCCGGCCCUCUGGGCUUCUGUCCUGCUAGCCCCCAACAGCCACCCUGUCGUUUUCUUCUAUUUCAUUCAGCAGUGGAAGAAUUUGGCAGAGUCGUCCCACCGUCCGUCCCUCGGAAGGAACCUGUGAGGUGCUAAGACUUCAGCCCUGGGGCAAUCGGGCCAAGGGAGGACUCCACGCA